CCCCCAGUACCCCCUGUCAUUGGCCCUGGCUGUAAAUGUCACGGCGGCGGCUGACUGCGGCUGAAUCGUCCACAGGGUCACAGGGCUGGCUCUUUUAUUUUCCACAGGCCAGGGAUCUCUGUGGGAGCCUUACUGUGUCUCAGGGGAACAAAAGUUACUCCUCAGCCCCAGUUGGGCCCUGACAGCUGCCUUCUGGAAUUUAGUGGUUUGGUCUAAUUAGAAAUAUUCUGUCUCACCUCGAGAGCUUAUUCUUAUUAUACUUGGAGGGAGUUUUCAUUUAAAGACUUUGUUCGGUUUUGGUUUUUACCCUCUUCACCAGAUUCAAAUAACAGCUGAAGCCCAGGAUAAUUGCCUUUGGCUGAGAAUGUGAAUGCAGGUUCCUUCCAAAUUGCAGUGGAUUAUCAUGAAUUAUCAUUACCGUGAAGGUCACACCCUGUAGGUUUUUCUCCUUCGUUGUUUGAUCCAGCUCCAUCUUCCACUUGACGCUAACAUUUCACAGGGAUUGUGCAUAAAGGCAUGCACACCUUUUGCGUGUGUUCGCUAUAGGAAGCCUUCAAAAAACCUUGUUUUAGCAUAUUCCUCUCUAGAGAGCAGCGUACAGCUGCACAACAAUCAACUGCGGGGAUUUUUUUACCAAAAUAAAGGCCCUUGAAUGGAGGAAAAGGAGAAAUAAAGGGCAGAUGGCAACCCUGCUUUAAAACAUCAACAAAUGAAUUAAUACAACAUUGGGUGGUAGAGGCAUUUGGCAAAGUGCUGAAGUAGCCUCUCUCUCUCUCCCCCUCUCUCUUUCUCUGUCACGUUCCCUCUCUCACUUGAGACAGGGGAUCAGGUAGCAGAGCAGAAAGACCGGAGGUUGAUCCGCAGUGCCCCUGCUUCUCUGUUGUGUUUUUGUUUGUCCCCCCACCCGUCCGUGCAUGUAAUGACCCAUCACCUUCGUCAGCCUCAGGAGAGAUGCCUAUACUCGAGAUGGCAGUGAGCCUAGUCAAGUCCCUGUACUGGGAGGUGUUCCCCCCCAUGUCCACGUGCAGGGUCUACUGCACCCCUGUGUUCCAUGACGGCCUGCUCUAUGUGCUCGGUGGCUGCAGUGAGACAGGCCUGCCUCUAGACACUGCCGAGGUGCUGGACAUAGAGAGCCAGACAUGGACCCAGCUACCUCCACUCCCUACAGCCCGGGCGGGGGCAUCAGCGGUGGCCCUUAGGGGUCAGGUGAUGGUAAUGGGGGGCAUGGAUGGCCAGCAGAGCCCCCUGUCCUCCGUGGAGGUCUACAACCCUGACGAGGGCAAGUGGGAGAGGAAGGCCAGCCUAGGACAACCCUCCAUGGGCAUCACCUCAUUAGAGAAAGAUGGGAAGGUAUAUGCGCUGGGAGGGAUGGCAGCUGACACGACGCCCCAGGCUCUGGUGAGGGUUUAUGAGCCGGAGAAGGACCAAUGGCAGCCCCUGACCUCUAUGCCCACGCCCCGCUAUGGAGCCGCCUCCUUCCUGAGAGGCAACAAGAUCUACGUGCUGGGUGGGCGUCAGGGCAAGCUUCCUGUCACAGCCUURGAGGCCUUUGACCUGGAAAUGAAGAGUUGGACGCGUUACCCCUGCAUCCCCAGCCGCCGGGCCUUCGCCUGCUGUGCUGCCACCGAGCGGGGCUUCUUCAGCCUGGGAGGGCUCCAGCAGCCUGGCCCCCACAACUUCUACUCCAGACCACACUUCGUCAGCACAGUGGAGGAGUACGACCCAGAACAGGGUAUCUGGAUCAAACCAACCCGAACCUCCAGGAUGAGGGUUAAGAGAGCAGACUUUGUGGCCGGAUGUCUCGGUGGAAGGGUCAUCGUUGCUGGUGGACUAGGUAACCAGCCGUCGCCCUUGUCGUCGGUGGAGAGCUACAAUCCUGUGAAGCGGAGUUGGGAGUACGCUGCCCCCAUGCCCAGUCCCCGCUGCUCCUGUUCACCCCUGCAGACACCCAACAUGCUGUUUCUCAUUGGGGGCGUGGCCCAGGGACCCAGCAACGCCGUGGAGGCUCUCUGUCUCAGAGAGACUGUGUGACACACACACACGUACACAGAGACAGACGAAGGACUCAAUGCAAGCAAAUUCAAUGUGUGCAGGUGAUAGACACUCAUACAGAUUUUUUUUUUGCCUUUGGACCUUGCAGUUGAUGGGCAGGAUCAAGGACAGUGACCCUGACACCUGUUUCUUUCAAUGGAGAAACAAAUACUUUUCUACAUUUUAGAGACAUAAGAGGAGUCAAAUAAAUAAGCAAAAAACAACACCACAGAAACACAUACACACACUACACAAAAGACGCCUUUGAACAGUACAGCAUUUUUCUGGAAAAAACAGGGUACUUUUCUGGAAACUAAAGGAACUUCGGGCCAUAUCUGUUUCACUACAAUAGUCAGGCUGCAGUGGCUUGUUUAGACACUUUUCUAUCACCUUAAAAAAGUAGAGAGUUUAGGAUAUAACAUUGGGGUAUUUGUCUGUGUUUUGGUACAUUCCCAGCCAGGCGUGUGUGAAUAUAGCACUGCUAUACACGUGGAGUUAAAAUCCCACACACCAUGAAUACCACCUCUAGAAUGGCCAGGCCCAUCCCUGCACUGUAGCAUCCAGAGACAAGAGUGCUUUGGCACAAAGCAACAUUUCCCUUUUUUAGAGAAAAAUAUAUAUAUUUUACCUCAAGAGCUUUGCAAUGAACAACAUAUGAAAGGCAAAGGAACUGAAGGCAGGACAAAGUGCAUGCUCAGAAAGUGUAUUUAUUUCAGAUAAUCCUUAGGUGGCGGCUUAAAAAAAGAGAGAGCGAAAGAGAGGGAAAUUGGAAGUGUGUUUGUAAAUGGAAACGUCACCGCUAAACAAUAUUUGGGGAGUUUUUCCAGUCUCCCUACAUAAUUAUGAGUGAUGAGAGGUGUUUCAGACAUAAUUAUGAGUG